UUCCCUCCUUCCUUCCGGUUGGCGCUGUGUGGGUGAGGUUCCCGGGCCGUUCGUUACAUUGUGUGAGAAGCCGCAGUCUCAGUCAGACCCCCAGCCCGAGCAAUGCACAAGGAGCACCUGGCCCAGGAUGAGAACAGUAACCCCCGGGAGGGCCCGGCCCUGAGCAGGAGGAAGGACAGACUCAGCCCCUGUGAACACGACAUGAACCAGCUCAACCGCGCCCGGGCCAAGACAGGCUCAUGGGAGUCAAAUGGCUUUGGGCCGGACCCAGAGAUCGAGACUGUCACUGGCCGCACAGAAGAAAGCGUUCCUCUUAGCCCGUCUAAUUCCCUCAACAUCCGCCACCUGCGAGGCUGUGAGAAGGACCCUGCAGCACGCCAGUAUCAGCGACCCUCUUACCACCAAAACCACUAUCCCCCACACCACCACUACCGCCCUUUCUACCCCAGCUACCACAGGAAAGGAUAUUGGGACUAUGAGAGCCAGUAUCGAGAUGGGAAACGUAAGGAAUGGGUUCCCAGGCCUGGAGGUGGACGUCCACAACGCCCCAGGAACCGCGAAGCCUUAAACUCCACAGUAGAAUCGUGUGCUGAUACCCGGCCUGAGCAACCUGUUGGAGAGAAAGGGAAGACUGUUCAGGGGGGAGGAACUGGUCAGCCAUCUGCUCCGGUGAAAGAAGAGCAGGCGGCAGGUAGCUGGCUGCUAUUUAAGCCUCUGCCAGUUUUUCCUGUCGACAGUAGCAGUGCAAGGACACUGCCUAAAAUUAGCUAUGCCAGCAAGGUAAAAGAGAACUUGGAUGGCAAAGGACUAGUGCCUAGCUCUGCACUUCGAACCUCUCACAGCUUACCCAACUGCCUUCUGAACACCGCACUCGAGGAGCCACACAUUGAUGGCACUUGCCCUGCACAGUCAACAGGAUCCCUCUCCUCCUCCUCUUGCUCUUCACUCUCCUCUGCACCCCCUUCCCCAGUCAGCCAGGAGAACCUGGGUGCCAUUUUCCAAAAUGAAUGGGGACUGUCUUUUAUUAAUGAACCUGGUGCUGGGCAGGCCUUGGCAGAAGAGGGCAAAGCUCAUGAGUGUCCCAGCGGAGGGGGGGAGGAGGGCGGUGGGAACGACAAUCCUGCAGUACUGGCCGUUGGGCGGCUGUCAGUACAUGGAUUCUAUGUGGAUGGAGCCGAGGGUAUCGAGGGCCAACUUGAGAAUCCCCAUGAUUGGGAGGAAAUGGUUACAUACACCUCUCACGAGUGGAAUCGGGUGUGGAAUCUUUAUAAGAAAGAUCCUUCGCGUGUAGUCAUAUAUGCAGAGACAAUGGAUGGGAAAGGUUAAUCGCUCAACGGGGGGUACAGAAAAUGGCCAUCCCCAGCUCACAGACCCCAUUACCCCCGGCACACAAGUCCGCAGCGCGGGAUUCAAGAAACUCCACAGAAAUUGUGCCCCAUGAGAGACCACGUUAAUUCCUUCCUUGCUGGCUAAUUGAUCCAGAUGGGAUUAAAGUGGCAUUUCUUGGAGAACUUGUCUUAACUAUUAAUGCCUUUUUUUUUUGUUUGUUUGUUUUUAUUUUCGUUUUGCUUUUUUAUUUUGUUGAUGGUGUUGUAACCGCUCUAGAACUAGAGGGUUAAUCUCUACGCAGGUUUAGAAGCGUGUUAAGACUCUUCAGAUUGGGUUGUCGCUAUGCCUGUGGCUGCUGACACUUGCUUGUCUGUUUUUAUUUUUUUAAUCCUUUCUUCUUUCCUCUUCCCCCUAAAGGACCUAGUCCUGUCUGGAUGCCUCCUGUGUGGGUACUUACUAAAUGUGCCCACACGCAUCUCAUACAAGUUCUCUGCCCCGGAGAGGUUUAGCACUUGCUCCCCUCAAUCUUUGAUGAUAUUGGGGUGUGUGGCUUGGUGUAUCUGUAGCAGGCAAGCUCUGGCCUCGCCUGAAUAAGUAUACAUUGCGACCUACCAGUGUCUCAACAGGAGGGAUAGUCUAGAAAUCCCAAGUCCUGUUGGACUUUUUAAUCUUUUUUUUUUUUUUCUCCAGUGUUUUCUUUUAUCCACCCUAAAUUGUGGCUGCAAUACCAAACUGGCAAUUGGUUUCCUGUCAGCUUGGAAUUUAUAUGAUUAAAGCAAGAUCUGUUUUAUUAA